AUGGGGAUAUUUACAGGUUUCUGGCUUAGAACUCGUCUAAGAUGUAUGGUGGAAGCAGUAGAGCGCUUCUUGGCUUAUAAUAGGUUCCACAAUCCAGCAUGGUUAGAGCCGCUUAACCUCCGUGGGGCUAUAAUGUCUAUCACAAGCGCAAAUACCAUGAAUAACAUCAUCACUUUUAAACGAUAUGAGACUCUUGAAUUAAUAUCACGUAGUAAUUAUGCAUUGCUAUACGACAAGAAUCUAAAAAUGGCUUUGUGGUGUGGUUAUUACUUGAAUUCACGAAUGGUUAAAGCGGCGCGUAAUCAUCGCAAAACUCAUGUUUGUUACACAGACAAGACUUUACCAAAAGAAAUUCGGGUACAAUCGAUACACAUGCAACGGCAUGCGUACGAUAAAGGACACAUGGCUCCACUUGCAUCUGUGGCAACGUGUAGCACCACGACUUUUGACGCUUCUUUGGUUUCCAAUUUUGUUUUGCAACAUAAGGCUCUUAACCGAGGAAUAUGGAAACGAUUAGAACAUCUUUCACGCCGAUAUGUGGAAGGCUAUGAUGUCUCGACCUUGGGCGAGUUAUUUACUGCAAAUCAAUAUGAUAAAUCAUUAAUUUCAUUGAGAAGGCGAAUGUUUUGGACAUCAUCUAGAUGUCUAGCGAUAUCAACAGGCGUUUUGUUUAGAAAGGAAAGCAAUUCCUUGCAUUCCCUGCUUCAACAUGACAAACAAGUUGUUCCUAUCCCAGAUGAAUUGUAUAUGGCCUUGUGGGACGUUCAUUCUCAUCAGCAUAUUGCUUUUAUUGUACCUAAUGAUGAAACUGCCGCCGUACAAUCGUUAAAGCUCAAGUGCUUGAAUGAGGAGAAGCAAAAACGACGAGUUUCUCUUGUAAAUAAAACUACAUUUCGAGGGUUAGGACCGCUACACAAACAUGUUAAAAAUCCUUUUGGACAAAGGGAUCUACAUGAAAUAAACCGGUUUCGUGUAACACUCAAAGAGUUGGAGGACCGCAUAUCUCUGUCAGAGCGUGUCAUUGCCGAGAAGAUGCUUUGCAUGCCCCGUGACACACGUGGAACGGAAUUCAUUAAUAAAACAAAAUGUUUGGGGCAACAAACGUGUAUUUUAGAUUAUGAAACACCCCCUGUGGAGCUCUUUUCUCUUCAAAAGAGAAGACUUGCCUGUAAAGCGGCUUUUACGCGGUCAUUUUCGUUUGGUAUAUUGUUGCCUUGUAAACUAAAAUGA